ACAAUAUAAUUAUAUCAUUAUUUAUUAGAUCUAGAUUUAUACAAGACAUCAUCUAGACGUCUAUACUCACAUACAGUUCAAGACUGCCAGUUGGAUAUCUAGAUCUAGAAUCUAAACUGACUUAGUGAUCAUCAGUAGACUCUAGAUGAUAUUGAUAUCCAAUCAUCUUCUUUUUUGAAGUGUAGACAGUGUAUCUGUAUUUUAUAAGAUAAGAAUUCUAGAUCAAAUCUAAAUGAAUUCAUUAGAUGAAAUAAUCAAUUUUGAAAGAAAACAGGAAGAUGAUUAUUACUUUAUUCUUGGCUGUAAUAAAAAUUCAACGGUAGAGCAAAUAUCAGCAGAAUACAAGUCAAGAGUGCUCUCGUGUCAUCCAGACAAAGCUGACAAUGUUAAACUUGCAAAUGAACAAUUUUCAAAGCUUUCACAAGCUAAAGAUGUUUUACUAGACUCAGAGAAAAGAAAAGAAUAUGACAAGUGGAGAAAUAGUGGUGUUGCUAUUCCAUUUGAUACCUGGAAAUCUAUGUCUCAUGUUCAUACUUCCUUACAUUGGGGAUAUCAUAAAGAACAGUUAUCUCUCAAUCAUCCAAGUCAGACAGCUGCGGAAUACAAGCAGAGAAAGCUGAACUUAACACAAGCAGAAAAAAGUCAAAGUUUGAUAGAGCUUGAAGACAAAAUGAGGUUCACACUAAGAGAUCCAUCUAAAAAGAAUUCUUCUGUUCAAUGGGAAAGUGACAGAUCAAAUACAAUUUUGGAAAAGUUUAGAAAAUAUGAGAUUUGAUAAUGAUCUUAUUUAGUAACACUAUCUGUAGUCUUUCUAUUUUGAUUUACUAGUCAAUCCAGUAAAAAGCAAUUUUAUGUGUGCUCUUCUUGCAAUAUGAAAGCUAUUUUUUAAAUA